UACAGGAGCUGAAGUCCUCUCUCUCUCUCUCUCUCUCUCUCUCUCUCUCUCUCUCUCUCUCUCUCUCUGCAUGCUGGGAGUGAGUGGGCGGAGCCUGUGGAGUGUGAGCGGGAACAUACUUGUCACAUUCUUCUCUUCUUUGCAUUUUCUAUUGUUUGAUACUUCCUAAAAGUUACAAAAAACAUGUGACUGGUGAACAUCAGUGAUCACUUCCCUAAAUCAAAACGGCUGUUUGAAGCCAUAAAACAGUUAAUUAAUGAAGGUGUUUUUGAAGAUGAGGAAGUUUAUCUGUUACAGAAAAUAAUGACAAAACUCACUAAUUUGUGUGAUGAUGGAGGUGAAACAGUCUAAUCCUCUCAGUCCUCAGUGGGUCACUCUGCUGCUGGUCUGUCAUGGAGGACAUACACAUCUCAUCUCUAAAUGUUAAUGGAGCGAGAGAUAGCAGGAAGAGUGCAGGGAUAUAUGAAAUGACGAGGCAGAAGAAGAUAGACGUGCUGUUUUUACAAGAGACCCACAGUGAUAGUAGCAAUCUCACUGACUGGACACAGGAACGGCCUGGUCUUUCCUGCCUGAGCCACAACACCUCCACUAGUGGAGAGGUGGCAGUUUUAUUCUCUAAGAGUUUUACACCAGUCACAUACAAUACAGAGGAGAUUGUGAAGGGCAGACUGGUAAAAGUCAGGGCCCAGUUUGAGAAACAUGUUUUUAUUUUUAUCUGUGUGGAUGCUCCGACCUCACCUAUAGAGAAACUUGAUAUUUUAGAUGAUUUAUGUAAAGUCAUCGAGACAAGUAAUAAUGAAGAAUGUUUAUUUGUUGGUGGGGAUUUUAACUGCACUACAGACAACAGCGACCGCAACCAUAUUGAACCCCACAUGCCCUCCCGUACACGUCUCAUUCAAGUACUCCAAAAAUAUGCUUUAAAUGAUACAUGCCGGUCAUUUCAUGACUUUCGAAGACAGUACACAUGGGCUCACACACGCAACAAUUUUAUGUCGCUUGCGAGGCUGGACAGGUUUUUACAUUUUCGAACAUCAUUUAAACAUUUUAAAGAGUUGUUUUAUCAGCGCUGUUGGUCUCUCAGACCACAGUUUGGUUUCCUGCAUAGCAGUUUUAAAAUCUAUUAAACCAAAAAGUGCAUACUGACAAUAUAACACAGCUCUUUUACACAACGACUAUAACCUGCUCUCUAAGGUCUUAGCCACCAGACUGGGAAGCGUUCUGGAGGAAGUAAUUCACUCUGAUCAGACAUACUGUGUAACUAGGAGGUCAAUAUUUGACAACAUCUCGCUGGUUCGAGAUCUUUUAAAAGCCUCAAAAUUAUUCGGUCUGAAAAGGGGUCUGGUCUCCAUAGACAGAGUGAAAAAUGAUUUUUUUUUAUGGAAAACUUUUAAAGCUUUUGGUUUUAGCUCUGAUUUUAUAAACAAAAUAAGAGUUUUAUAUUGUGACAUUAAAGUGUACUGAAAGUUAAUGGUGGCUUAUGUGCUCAGUUUAAAGUGUACCGGGGUGUAGGACAAGGGUGCUCUGUGUCAGGAAUGCUCUACACCCUAGCGUAGGAAAUGAACUGAAAGGCUAAGAAAUUAACUGAAUGGGUUCUCAUUUCCUGGUUGUGGGACCACCUUCCGUUUAUCAGCAUAUGCUGAAGAUACAGCAGUAAUUAUAGACCAACAAAACAACAUCAACACACUACAUAUAAUCUCCAGGGACUAUGGCAUAAUAUCCUCAGGCAAAAUAAACUGGAAUAAAAGUGAGACGCUAAUUAUAAACAACCUGGCAGCAUCCUCCCUUUGGCUUAAAGUAGCAUGUAUAAACCCACCAGAAACACUUUUAUCUAGAAUUCAGUCGAUGUUUUUAGACUUUUUCUGGGACAAGUUACACUGUGUGCCCCAAAGAGUCUUAUACCUACUCAAAGAAGAAGGUGGGCAGGGCGUAAUGCACCUACAGAGCAGAACUGCAGGACCCUGUUCCUGAACUUUCUCUGUCUCCAGACUUAGAGGGGAGUACUGGUCACUUUUUAGAAUGAAAGAAUGUCACAAAUGUGGAUUUUUACAUGGUCUCUGGAAAAACGUUUUAUAAAACCUGUGUUAAGGUUUUUAAUAAGAAAAGUUAAGCGUAGAGUGGACACAUGGUGGCGCUCUGUCCUCUGGCUGGGGGAGGAAGAAUGAACACAGUGGAGAACAUUCUACAAGCCACCAUUAAUGAAAAGGUCUGGUGACGACAGCAGUGAUUGAGCCCAGGAUUCUAGUCAACUUUCACUUUUACAUGAAAACGUUGAACUUGAUGAUGUUUGAGAAAAUGUGAUGCAAUAAAAGUGCAGUUUGCUCUGUUUUUACUGAUGAACUGCAGUCUUAAGAUCAUCAUGCAAAUUCAGUUUUUACCGUAUUUACACAAAUAACUUUUGUAUGUAAUCAUUAAUUAAUUAAUUAAUUUAUUUAUUUAUUAGUUUAUUUAUUUAUUUUUUUAUUUAUUUAAGUGAUGUAUUUACUUAAAUUAAAUGUUUUAUCGGUCCCUGUUACAAGCUUUGAGGAAUUGUAAUAAAAUGUUCUCUCUCUCUCUCUCUCUCUCUCUCUCUCUCUCUCUCUCUCUCUCUCUCUCUCUGUCUUCUCCUUUUUCUCACUCUAAUCAGUGCAACAAUGAUGGACCAACAGUAUAAUCAAUAGAAAGCUGUUGAGGAUGUUGAGGAUGAGGUUUCAUUUUUUCCUCGUGUCGUCUCAGAGUUUUUUUCCUUCACCACCAUCACUUUUGUCUUACAGGAAACUCAAACGAGUCUGAUUCACUCGAAAACAGAGCAGUCAAUUAACUCAGAUAUUUAGGUUCCAUGUUUGCUUUUUGAAAGAUUUUGUAAAGUUCUAAUUAAUUUUUUUAUCUGCUGUGGGAUCUGAUCACUUUCAUCUGUGGGAUCUGAUCACUUUCAUCUGUGGGAUCACGUUUAAAUCUGCCACAGGGAGCAGAGCAAACAAACCCUCCACUGACUUCCUGUGAGUGACGAGCAGUGAAGCUGCAGCAGAAACACACAAAGCUUUAAUCAGCAGGAUAAAGGAGAUUUACCCCGAGUAUGGACACAGCUGUAGUUAAAGAAAGCCCAAAAGCACUGGGGACUGUCCAGAUGAUGAUCGGCGUCGUUAUAUUCUUCUUUGGUGACGUUUUAAAAAACAUUGUUAAUGGUGUGACUGUUCACAGCUACAUCACCUACUGGGGGUCGAUCUGCUUUAUCUGCACUGGUGCUCUGUCGGUCAGCUCUGUGGACUGGAGGAAACAAUGUGUGAUGAAAGCCACGCUGGUAAUGAACGUGUUCAGUGUGGUGUCUGCAGUUUUGGCUGUCAUCUUGUUCUCUAUCGAUCUGGGACCGUCGUCUUUCCGAGCCAUACUGUGCAAACCGUGCUUUUAUCAGCUGUCAAUGUAUUACUGUCAGUUACAACUGAAACAAGUACUGGGAACAAUCGGUGUCCUUCUUGUUUUCUCUCUUCUCGAGAUACUUGUCUCGAUUGCGAUGUUUGUACUGACCUGGAAAGCCAGAAGUUCUAUUGAAAUCCUGUAAACUUCAGGCAACAAUCAUCUGAUCAAGAAUCCAUCUGAGGAAAACCAAAUUCUCCUUAUUUCAUCUGCAGAGAAUUUCUUAGGCUGAAGCUUUUAUAUGAAGAAAAAAGUUUACUGAUAUUUUCCAUGUUCAUUUCCAAGCUGAUGCUUCAAAAUAUCUGUGUGUCUGUGUGUGUGUGUGUGUGUGUGCGCAAUAUAGAAUCAGUAAUAUUUUAGAUUCUACUGUAUUUCUUUUUAAGUAAAAAAAAAAAUAUUUUAACAAAACACAAAAUAAUUUAAACCAUGAACAACGCAUCAAAACCAAACCCAACAUGAGGAACGACAUGGAAAGACAAACCAUGAGAUACUGAGUGCUGUGAAGGUGAAGCUUAAAUACACAGGUGCUUAUCAAGGUGACAAAGAACAGGUGUGAGUAAUAAGUGUCAUGUGACAAACAAGGAAGUGAAGGGGCUUUUGGGUAAUGCAGUCCCUUGGUAUGAUCCUGAUACUCAUUCACACAGACUUGUAUGAAGUUAUAAACUUUACGUUUCAUUUGCAUCAUGUGUUUGUUCUCUUUUUUCCUAUUUUAUUUACAAGAUAUAUUUAAUUAAACUCUUAAA